AUGGCGGCCAUCUCUUGCAAGGCUCUUAUAACUCUCCCGGGGGUAAUACGCCUAAAACGUAGCACCAAAGAGUGUCUCAGAGUGGUGACCUCCUCACAAGAGCGUCUCAGAGAGCUGACCUCCUCACAAGAGUGUCUCAGAGAGCUGACCUCCUCACAAGAGUGUCUCAGAGUGGUGACCUCCUCACAAGAGCGUCUCAGAGAGCUGACCUCCUCACAAGAGUGUCUCAGAGAGCUGACCUCCUCACAAGAGUGUCUCAGAGAGCUGACCUCCUCACAAGAGUGUCUCAGAGAGCUGACCUCCUCACAAGAGUGUCUCAGAGAGCUGACCUCCUUACAAGAGUGUCUCAGAGUGCUGACCUCCUCACAAGUGUCUCAGGGCAGGUCUCAGGAGGACACGAGAGCAACACCUGCAGGUCUCAGGAGGACACGAGAGCAACACCUGCAAGUCUCAGGACACGAGAGCAACACCUGCGGGUCUCAGGAGGAUACGAUAGAAACACCUGCAGGUCUCAGGAGGGACACGAGAGCAACACCUGCAGGUCUCAGGAGGACACGAGAGCAACACCUGCAGGUCUCAGGAGGACACGAGAGCAACACCUGCAGGUCUCAGGAGGACACGAGAGCAACACCUGCGGGUCUCAGGAGGACACGAGAGCAACACCUGCAGGUCUCAGGAGGACACGAGAGCAACACCUGCGGGUCUCAGGAGGACACGAGAGCAACACCUGCAAGUCUCAGGACACGAGAGCAACACCUGCAGGUCUCAGGAGGGACACGAGAGCAACACCUGCAGGUCUCAGGAGGGACACGAGAGCAACACCUGCAGGUCUCAGGAGGACACGAGAGCAACACCUGCAGGUCUCAGGAGGACACGAGAGCAACACCUGCGGGUCUCAGGAGGACACGAGAGCAACACCUGCGGGUCUCAGGAGGACACGAGAGCAACACCUGCAGGUCUCAGGAGGACACGAGAGCAACACCUGCAGGUCUCAGGAGGACACGAGAGCAACACCUGCAGGUCUCAGGAGGACACGAGAGCAACACCUGCGGGUCUCAGGAGGACACGAGAGCAACACCUGCGGGUCUCAGGAGGACACGAGAGCAACACCUGCGGGUCUCAGGACACGAGAGCAACACCUGCAGGUCUCAGGAGGACACGAGAGCAACACCUGCAGGUCUCAGGAGGACACGAGAGCAACACCUGCAGGUCUCAGGAGGACACGAGAGCAACACCUGCGGGUCUCAGGAGGACACGAGAGCAACACCUGCGGGUGUCAGGAGGACACGAGAGCAACACCUGCAGGUCUCAGGAGGACACGAGAGCAACACCUGCAGGUCUCAGGAGGACACGAGAGCAACACCUGCGGGUCUCAGGAGGACACGAGAGCAACACCUGCGGGUCUCAAGAGGACACGAGAGCAACACCUGCGGGUCUCAGGAGGACACGAGAGCAACACCUGCGGGUCUCAGGAGGACACGAGAGCAACACCUGCGGGUCUCAGGAGGACACGAGAGCAACACCUGCGGGUCUCAGGAGGACACGAGAGCAACACCUGCGGGUCUCAGGAGGACACGAGAGCAACACCUGCGGGUCUCAGGAGGACAAGAGAGCAACACCUGCGGGUCUCAGGAGGACACGAGAGCAACACCUGCGGGUCUCAGGAGGACACGAGAGCAACACCUGCGGGUCUCAGGAGGACACGAGAGCAACACCUGCGGGUCUCAGGAGGACACGAGAGCAACACCUGCGGGUCUCAGGAGGACACGAGAGCAACACCUGCAGCUCUCAGGAGGAUUGUAG